UAUGUUGUUGGUGAGGUGGUGAGGUGCCCGAGGGCAAUAUUGGUGACCGCGGGUUGUGUGUGACAGGUAGAGUGUUAGAGAGGCAGUGAGGAGAGCGUGUGAGAGACAUAAUAGUGCGGGAUAUGAGUGAGUGUGAAGCAGCAGGAGGAAGGAGGAGGAGGUCGGCGUCGCCAUAAGUGUUGGAACCCUCGCGUUGCCAGCUCGUGCCACCAAGAUGGCGGCGGGCGCCAAGGAUUCUUUGUUCUCCUGAUUAUUCUCCCUCUCGUGUCCCAUUCCCACCAGCCAAAAAUAAGAAAAAAAAAUUGAAAACAAAUCAAUUAAAAUAUUUGACAUUUAUGAAGUGACUAGUUUUUAAAUUAAAGACACAGUGGCAUUUUUGUAAAUUUUUAUAAGAGGAUGGUGGCAACUGUGGUGUAAACAGCCAGGACUUCCGACUACUCCCAUCCGACGCUGUAACUAACGUGGAAUAUUCUCAUUUACGCCGCUUCCUCCCAGUCUUUGACAUAGGCACAACGUCUAAGAGUGCUACUAGCUUGGGUGGGCUGUCACAUGCUGUGUCAGCAUGCAACAGAGACAAAUGAGAAAGGAGUACCAAGUGACAAAGGAGUUUCGUACUAGGUCAAGAAAUUGUUCUUCCAUUUGUGAUGUUAGAUUAGCCCAGCCUGUUGUCUCACGGCUCAAAUGCCCAUUAUAAGAACUUGUGCGUCAGCUGCUGCAUGUAUCACAUUAUACAGAUAUACAUUAUCCCCCUCCUGUUCUGGUUUUCUCCUUUCUGGAAGAAAAAGGCCUUGGCAGUUUUAACGAGAAAUGGCACGUGCUCUUUUGGCCGAUCAGAAAGUGUCCUGUUUUCAGCAACCCAGGUCCCAGCUGAGGUCAUUUCAUAUUACUACAAAUGAUGAAGAUGUAUCCUGUUAGCAGACUGAUUUUUGAGACAUGUAUGUGGUAAGGUGACCAUUAAUUGGAUGGUGCUUGCCUGGAACUACAUUCUAUCGGCCAAAUGUUAGAACCAGGCACAAUGGAGGCCAAUCAGAACACGUCGGGUAUGAUGUGGUAUAACUACAAUCCUGUAGAUGGCCUUAUUACUACUAGUGCUCCAGUGCAAGUUGAGCUAGGGACGGUUGACAUAGCAAGACAAAUUAAUCAACAAGUCCAGUUACAGUAUGGAAGCCUACAGGCAGUACCAGCCCAAACCCAGCACCAGAUAAUAGUUGCUCAUCAGCCACAACCUCAACCUUCUCCAUCAAUGCCAGAACCACCAACAACUCCCAAACCACCAAAGCCUCGUACAAGGCCAGCAAAUGGUGAACGGGUGCCAUGUGGUGAGUGUGGAAAGACUUUCUCUUGUAAUGCAAACUUAAGAGAUCACAUAAGACUUCACACUGGUGAAAGACCAUUUAUUUGUAGUGAAUGUGGAAUGUCUUUUGCUCAGCGCUCCAAUUGGAGGUUACAUAAACGUGUCCAUACCGGAGAAAGACCUUACAUGUGCGGUAUAUGUGGUAAAACAUUUUCUCGUAGUUCCCAUUUACCUGGUCAUAUGAGAGUUCAUACUGGAGAAAGACCUUAUUCCUGUGAGCAGUGUGAGCAUUCAUUUGCUUCUGCACAAGCUCUUAAAAAUCAUGCACGCACCCACACAGGUGAGAAACCUUUUGUAUGUGAAUAUUGCCAGACUGCUUUCACACACAGUUCAUCCUUGUCCUCUCAUAAGAAAAGAUGCACGGGUGAAAAGAGAAAACGUGGUAGACCUCUUGGUAGUGGCCGUAAGACUUAUAGAAAAAAGCCAACUGGUAGACCUCGUGGGCGCCCUAGAAAGAAAAGUCGUUACAGUAAAAGGGGUCGCAGGAAGAACCCUCCACCCGAGGAACAUUCAGAACAAAAAGAAGUUACUGUAAUUAAAGCAGAGAUUCAUAGAGAUAAUGGUGAAGAAGUUCAGAUGCAGUCAGUGAUACAGGCAAAACAAGAGAUUGAAGAAGUGCCCACUGUAAUUGUUGACGCAGACUCCGUGGAAGUAGAUCAUGUUGGCCUAUCUGUUGAUCCAUUAGAUUUAAAUAGUACCCACAUACCACAGGAAGAUGAGCUUACACAAGAAUCUAUAUCUCAGGAAAAUCAUCAUCUUCAUCAUGAAAUGAUACCACCGGAACAAGUUGUGUCUGUGGCUGCAGCAACUGUAGGCUUGGAUGAAACGAGCAGUCUUCAUCAAGAAGCAGCUGUUGCUAUGGCUGCUUUACAUGAGGGAGCAGCUCUUAACUUAGCUCAUCACCAGUUGCCUCAAGAGACGUAUGUUAAGAGAGAAGCGCCUCAUACUAUGUGGUAUCCAAAGCAACACUACUAAGCCAUUGUGAUCGAGGUUGCUGGUUACUGUCAUUUUUUUAAACUAAAUUAAAAUAACCAUUAGCUUGGAUUGCUAAUGUAAAACAACCUUCCAUAUUGCACCAUUAACCCACACCAGAAAGACUUAAGAGACCCAUUGUGAAUAGAAUUGUGGGCUAUGAAUUCUAAACUUGUUCAUCUUCUGGUUUACUUUCUGUUCACAACUGAACAAAUGGUUUUAUGUCUUAAUAUUAUUUUUGUACUUGACUAAUAGCUACUUAUGUAUUUUGUAGGUAAGUUUCACAAUAUACAGCUGACAAAUGUAUCUUGUAAAGUCGUUGAAUUUUAUAGAACUUUAUAUAGUCCUGUGUAUAUUUUUUGUGCUCCCUGUGAAGACCCUGACAACACAUUUUACAUUAACUGAUUAUUAAAAAUUCAUUGCUAUUGAAUUGUGAAACCUUAGGUCAGAUCAAUAUUUUUAGGUUUAAGUUUUUUAUAUAUAAAUUGUUAAAUUCAGGGAAAUUAGUUGAAAAGUAAACAUUUCACUAUAUUUGCUGUAUCUUUUCUCCAUCUGAAUUUAUUGUGUUAACCUAAUGAGCUUGAAGAUUUAAAUAAUUAAGUCAUAUUAUAAACACAUUAUUUGUUGAAAAUUAAAUUGUAGUUUCACAUUUGUUUAAAUAAAUCUUCAGAAUAUU